UUGGAGAACGAGAUGGAACUGCCUCCAACACACAACAAGUAGACGACCCUGCACAACUCCAAGCAGGAUCUAAAAUAGGCAAGGAUAUCAUGGUUUUUUUUUUACUGGAAAAUUGUUAUUUAUCCACCUCUUCCAAGUCUGGCAGUGGUAGUGGUCUGUGCAAUUUUUUUUAGUUUGUUUCGGGGGGAGGGGAGAAAAGAAUUGAGCUAUAGUUGUAGAUUGCUUUUGCUUCACUAAUAUUGCUACCGGGGGAGCCUUAGAAGACACUACAAGUGGACUGAUGGAGAUGAACAAGUUCAGGUUUUUUUUAUGCUUCUGUUUGAAAUGGAUGGAUUGGUUUUAUCCAUAGGUGUUUAAAACAAAAACAAUUAUAAAGCCAAACGGAAAAUGGGAAGCUUCAGAGAAGAGGGAAUACGAAGUAACUGAAAGGUACGUGCUCCCUCAAGAUUAAAUCCAGGCAAGCAUCCCCCGCUGGGUCUCACUGGAUUUAUAUAUGACAACUGAAAGAGCUGAAAAACUUGGACUUCAAGGUGAAUGUUUUGUGGACAUUAAGUAGGGACACAGGACUACAGCAUACCCAGGGCCACGAUUCUUGCACUAAACAGAGAUGAGUGUUGGCAGAAUAAACCUUUACAGCAUUGUUUCCUCAGAAGAAGACGGCCUAAGGCUGACCACGAUGCGUGGAGUAAACGGUUUCGGAAAUGGCAAAAUUCACACCCGGAGGAAGUGCAGGAACAGGUUUGUGAAGAAAAAUGGACAGUGCAACGUCCAGUUUACCAAUAUGGAUGACAAGUCUCAAAGAUACAUGGCUGAUAUGUUCACAACAUGUGUGGACAUCCGCUGGAGGUACAUGCUGUUGAUCUUCUCCCUUGCCUUUUUGAUAUCAUGGCUGGCAUUUGGAUUUGCUUUUUGGCUGAUCGCCCUCAUCCAUGGAGAUCUAGAAAACCCUGCAGGCGAUGAAAACUUCAAGCCUUGUGUUUUGCAAGUCAAUGGCUUCAUAGCUGCUUUUCUUUUCUCCAUUGAAACUCAGACCACUAUUGGAUAUGGGUUUCGCUGUGUCACUGAGGAAUGUCCUGUUGCCGUUUUUAUGGUGGCCUUUCAAUCCAUUGUUGGGUGUAUUAUUGACUCUUUCAUGAUUGGUGCAAUCAUGGCAAAGAUGGCACGGCCGAAGAAGAGAGCCCAAACCUUACUUUUCAGCCAUAAUGCUGUAAUAGCGAUGAGGGAUGGGAAGCUUUGUCUAAUGUGGCGAGUCGGGAACCUUAGGAGGAGUCACAUUGUUGAGGCCCAUGUCAGGGCUCAGUUGAUUAAGCCACGUAUCACAGAAGAAGGAGAAUACAUACCCCUUGACCAAAUAGACAUAAACGUUGGGUUUGAUAAAGGUUUAGACCGUAUCUUCUUGGUUUCCCCAAUAACAAUUAUUCAUGAAAUUGAUGAAGAGAGUCCUUUAUAUGGCAUAAGCAAACAAGAUUUAGAAACAGCGGAUUUUGAAAUUGUGGUCAUACUUGAAGGGAUGGUGGAAGCCACUGCUAUGACAACCCAAGCCCGUAGCUCAUACCUGGCAAGUGAGAUUCUGUGGGGCAACAGGUUUGAACCUGUCCUCUUUGAGGAGAAAAACCAAUACAAAGUAGACUAUUUCCACUUCCACAAAACCUACGAGGUGCCCUCAACUCCACGCUGUAGUGCCAAGGACAUAAUUGAGAAUAAAUUCUUGGUUCCCAGUACCAACUCUUUCUGUUAUGAAAAUGAACUUGCUUUUAUGAGCAGAGAUGAGGAAGAUGAUGAGGACAGCCGUGUGCUGGAUGCCUUGAGUCCAGACAGUAGGCAUGAAUUUGAUAGACUACAAGCCACCAUAGCACUGGAUCAGAAGUCGUACAGGCGGGAAUCGGAGAUAUGACCCCUAACCAUUGAUCUUGAAUCAGCUUUUUUUGUUUUGUUUUUGUGUGUUUUAAUGAAUACAUGCAGAACAAUGCAAGUGCCAUAGGACAACUUAACUACUGUAAUAACAUUGAGAGGUCAAGUGACAAAAUCAGUUGGCAAGAUUCUUGUGAAUCUAGAAGGGUAAGCAUAAAUGCUGAAGCAAAAUACAAUUAACAAAUGCUGUGGUAAGAAAAACAAACAAUAAAUAUGGUUUCCUGGAAGUAUAGUCAAGAAAAAUUACCUUGUUUCUUAAUGAAAACUUGAAUUUUAUUUUUGUAAGAUGGCUCAACAUGAAAGCUUUAAACAAAAUAAUACAAAGAAAUGUAAUAUAGAAAUGAAAGAGAUUAUUUAGCAUUGAUCUGUAAAUAGGUUGCUUAGGCAAGUUAUAUAUUGUAACUUAACAAUUGGUAUUGCAAGGUUUUUUGCCUGCUUUUUUAGGCUUCUAGGACACCAGCGUGAAAUUAGUAUUGCCACAAUUAACAGAUAAUAAUGUGGUUAUCCCUAUUGAAAACUUGGGCAUAUACACAAAGGAGCUAUAGAUUUGUGGUGCAUGCAAAUUUCCUUGAACCCGCUCUCAACAUUGCACAGCAAAUGAGCCACACACUCUGAGUGACUAUGAUGUCGGUAAGCACAAUUUACUGCAGAAUAUGUCAAAUUACUGGUGCAAAGGGCUUGACAAAACAGACAUGGCAAACAGGCUCAACCCUUUGAGUACUACAUUUAUUUUGCACCUCUAAAAUGACAUGGAAGCUGGUGAAUAUUAAGGACAUUUUAUUAAAAUAAAGACAACAUCCUAGUACAGGAAAGCAAUAUUGCCAUAAAUAUAUCAAUCAUUUUAACCAGUACAUCUAAAUAACAUUAUUCCAAAAAAUCCCUAGAAAGCUGCUAUAUUUGGCUUAUACGUGUUGGAAUAAAUAUUUGUAUAUUUUAUUACAAUUCAGGAAAAGGGACAGCCCUCAUCACAUGACAUUAUUAAUUAACUAUAAAAAUUCAAACGAAAUUCACGAUUGCAACCCCCAAGUAAAUGGUCUAAAUAAAUGGAAAGAGGGGUGAGUCUUUAUAUUGAGCUUGUAACAAACACAGCUGCUUACUUUUCAUGUGUUUCCAAUUGCCUCCUCUAAGUUCCAACGACCACUUGGUCUAACUGGUCUAUCCUCAAAUACCUGGCAAUAGCCACAAGAUCAAGCAAGAUUUGAUUCCAACAUUUUCAUCAAACACAUGCUGCAAUUUAAUAAAAUAUUUUUUAAAUUUAAGAUGGGGCUAGGGUUGCCCUGAACUGUAGGUUGUCUUCAAGUAAGUAAGUAGCUUCAAAUGUAAUUUGAAUUGCUUUUUGGUUUUUGCUAUUUAUUUAUGGUUGCUUCAGUACUGAGUUCUUAUUUUUUCUCUAAAUAUGCAUUUUCCAGGUGCAGUAGAGGAGCCCUGCACAUGAAGAGGGUUUUUUGUGUGUAUAUACUGUAAAUAGUGUAUAUUUAUUGUAAUUGUUGUAAUUAAUUAAUGAAGUCCUGACGAUCCUGGGAGAGCUUGCCUGCUGUGUGUGAUUACCAGGUGUGGAAUCUAAUCAGGAGGUAAAUGUGUUCCAGCGGGGCGUUGGGUAUAAAAUGGUUCCAUUUAUUCACCUCAGGGCUGCUGGAAAGCCAUAGGGCUGACCAUCGUCCACGCUACCCAGACAAAGAGAGCGAAACACCUUGCUGAAAGCCGCGAGGGUAAACCUGGGUCGGAGCUGAAGAAACCAAACACGCUGAUGCCAGGGCAAGUAGCCAGAGUUGGGGUUUGUUUAUUGAACAGAGAAGGUUAGUCCAUGCUACCUGGACAAAGAGAGUGAGGCUUUCAACAAGAUGUUUCGCUCUCUUUGUCUGGGUAGCGUGGACGAUGGUUAGCCCUUUGGCUUUGCAUCAGCCCUGAGGUAAAUAAACAGGACAUUUUUAUCCCAGACGCCUCGCUGGAACACACCUACCUGCUGAUUAGAUUCCACAGCUGGCAAUCACUCCC